GACCCAAGCAGUUCUGUUUCAGUGCUGGUUUGAUGCUUUAACUUAAUGUCUAGUCCAGACAGGACAUCUCGGUUUGCUCCCAGGCCCCACCUGCUAAACUGCCUUCCUCAACAAUGGUAUUGUUUCUCCUUUAAAGGAGGAAUUCACACUUGGGAAUUACUUGAUUUCUUAGAACCGCAGAAUCAUUUGAGUUGGAAGGGACCGUUACAGGCCAUCUAGUCCAACUCCCCUGCAACGAACAGGCGUCCCUCAUCCAGUCAUUACAGUGGGAAGGUGAAGGGAUGGGCGGUAGAAACACGCCACCUCAGAGAGGGUGACGCCGACCGACCACCGGCCGCAGGAAGGCUUUCUCCUUGGAGAUGUGAAAGGUGAGGCCAAGAACAGCAUCACCGACUCACAGAUGGACGACGUGGAAGUGGUUUAUACGAUCGAUAUACAGAAGCAUAUUCCAUGCUACCAGCUGUUCAGCUUUUAUAAUUCUGCAGGAGAACUGAAUGAACCAGCCCUGAAGAAAAUACUGUCAGGCCGUAAGAAGAGUGUAAUAGGAUGGUACAAAUUCAGACGCAACACAGACCAGAUCAUGACAUUCCGGGAAAGACUUCUGCAUAAGAAUUUGCAGUCACACCUAUCAAACCAAGGCCUUGUAUUCCUUCUAUUAACUUCCAGUGUGAUGACAGAAAGCUGUUCAACUUACAGGCUAGAACAUGCCUUACACCGGCCACAAGAAGGUCUUUUUCAGAAAGUUCCUCUAGUUGUUACCAACUUGGGUAUGGCAGAACAGCAAGGUUACAGAACAGUGUCUGGUUCCUGUGCAUCUUCUGGCUUUGUGAGAGCAGUAAAACAACACAGGUCAGAAUUCUUUUAUGAAGAUGGAUCCUUACAAGAGGUUCACAAGAUAAAUGAGAUGUAUGCCACCUUGCAGGAGGAGCUGAAGAAAAUAUGCUCUGAUGUAGAAGUCAGUGAACGAUCUGUAGAGAAGCUCCUAACAGAGGUGAGCCAAUUGAAAGAAGAAAUCAACAGAAAAAAGCAACACAAAAUCUCUUCAGGAGGGAACAAAGAUCAGCUAGAGGAACCAAAGGAAAACGUUUUGCUUUGUCAGGCACUGAGAACAUUUUUCCCCAGUUCUGAUCUUCAGACAUGUAUUGUUUCCUUCAAGGGAAGGAUCUCUAAGAACUGUUGUAAGAUCGACCAUAAUAUUAAUAUCAUGGACAAAUUGACUCUCAUGGUAGAGGAAAGGGACUUCACUGAAGCUGAAACAAAGCUAGUAACCAAGCGCAAAGUCAAAGUCACCACGACAGGACCAAAAUCACUGAAGAAAUUAAGAUCACUGCAACUUGACCAAGAAUUACAUCAAGAUGAAGAAGACUGCAACCAGGAAACAAAGCUCGCACUGAGUAGCACUGAAACAGAUGAGGAAGCAUUGGAAAACCCUAAAGAUACAAACGAAUAUUCAUACUCUCCCACUUUCUGAUUUGCCCAGAUGUAUUUGUACAAAAAGCUACUGCCAGCAUAUUAAAGUGACAAAUUACUGUACUGCAGGGAUGGAAAUAGCUUACUGAGUUUUUGUAGAGUACAAAGAUGUAUUUUUAAAUACACAAAUCCUGUUUGGCCUAAGUCAAGCUGAGUCCAAAUGACAUUCCUUAGUUUUGCCUUGCAGAGUUAAGUCUGUAUUCUCUAUCUCAGGGUUCUAAGACUAUGCUAGCACUGUGUUAGCAUUCAGAUAAUCUCACUUAAUGCCUCAGUGAUAGAACUUCAAGCUGCUGCUGAAGAUUUCAGGACCACUCCAACAAUGAGCCUCUCCUCAGCAGAAGGUGAUGUGCAGAACAUGAAAUCAGAUUUAUCUCAGAAAUAGCUGUUUAUGUAUAACAGUUUUUAAUACUUUUACUUAUCCUUAGCUUAUCUGGUACUUAAUUGUCCCUUUCUGAAAUGGAAGGGGAAAAAAACCUCAACUUCAGCAAGACCUCUGGAUAGGUUUAGUGGUCUGUGCAUCUAGGGCUAUCUGCUAUUAAAUUAUUCAUGCUUUUUCCAGUUAACUUUAGACUCCACACUGCAACUGGCACCCACCCUUCAACCAGUGAUGCAGUAUACCAGCCAUUAAAAUAUUCCUCCUCAGGGGAAAACACUUUAUCAACCAAUCAGUUCACUUCUUACACUUCCAAAGGGUAAACACAGUCUAGAAUGAUAAUCCUCUCAACUCAGGAUCUAUCCUAAAGGGUGCAUUAGUAUUCUCAGAACACAUCAUGUUGGUCCAUAGGGAGGCAGCAAGUCAGUCAAAGACCUCUCAUUGACCCGCACAGCUGCAAUUUGGCAGAGAAAGUACCCAUUCUACCUCAGAACUCCUUGGAUUUGUAGCCUCUUCACAGACGAAUUUUGGUUGCCAGGGGCAGCAGCUGGUUGUCAGGAGCACUUGUGCAUGGUUCAUCAGGGCUUCCUUUAUUUGUCAGGGGCAACAGCACAUCCCUAGCACACCCCCCUCCCAUUGGGUAGUCAGCAGUUGAUCACACAGUUGUCACACGGUGGGCUGCUAGCUAUGCACAUUGACUGCAUGGUGGCCCUCUCCUCAGAGAUGAUCCCCAUAAGUCAGCUUGAAUGCCCAGGAAGAGCAACAGCUGAAAAGGGUUUCUCCUGGUCACCCACCAUUAUCUAUUUCUUACCACCGUGAUCAUGGUAAUCAUUAACCACAAAAGCUUGCUAAGUAGUUUACCUCUCAGAUAGGUGCCACUGAAUAAGUUUUGAGCCAAGAAACUGUUCCAGCUACUCACACCAGUAGAGAACUAUUCAGCAUGAUGCUGUUUUAUUUUUAUUUCUUUACAGUAUGUUAUUCUCAAUACUUAACAUUACAAAUCUUGGGGUCUGUAAGAAAUGAUGGGUUCUUAAACAUAACUGGCAUAAAUCCUGUAAGAAAAUAAAAUGGAGGAUUUUUUUAAAUAAAGGAUAAGUGUGACUUACCAAA